AUGGCCUUAACUACACUGCUUCCUCCUCUAACGGCAAGCAUAUAUUAUCCGGUGAUCACUGAGUUGGCGAGGGAGUUGAACGUAUCCAUUACCGAAAUCAAUCUCACUAUCACUGUGUACCUGAUCAUUCAAGGCAUUGCGCCAUCUUUUGUCGGCAAUCUGUCUGAUGAGACCGGUCGAAGACCAGCACUUCUCGUCUCUCUCCUGAUAUUUAUUGCUGGCAGUAUUGGAGCUGCCUUUAGGCGCAACUAUGCCCUCUUACUCGCGAUGAGAUGUGUUCAAAGUGCUGGAAGCAGCGGCACGAUCGCACUCUCUCUUGCAACAGUGUCAGACAUUGUCACUUCUGCAGAACGAGGACGUUACACAUCAUACGUCCAGAUGGGUUGGAUGCUUGGCCCUUCUCUAGGACCCGUUAUUGGUGGCUUACUGAGUCAAUACCUGGGCGUGAGCUCCAUCUUCUGGUUUCUCGCCAUCUACGCUUCGAUCGUGUGGAUAGUUUCUGCGGCCUUCCUCCCAGAAACAUGCCGAAGAAUCGUCGGAAAUGGAUCUACACCAACUUCAUAUUGGAAUAUGUCGUUGCUCGAGUACCUGCGACGCUCAAAACAAGAUGAAAUUUCUGCGACACACCAGUCAAAGCCAAGGACGGGACCCCGAGGUGCUCGUUUAAACCCGCUGAAAUCCCUUAAGUUAUUCCGCGAGAAAGAAACAGGUCUCCUGCUGCUGUACAGCGGCUUUAUCUACGCAAGCUCGUACAUGGUUCUGUCUACAUUCACGGACCAGCUGGAAGAGAAAUAUGGCUUCGACACGCUCCACAUCAGUCUUUGUUUCUUGGCAUCCGGGUUCGGGACAGCAACGUCGACUCUUCUGACGGGGCGGCUCCUCGAUUGGAACUUUCGUCGUCACGCAAAGCUCAUCGGUUUGGAAAUAUCGACCCAAAAACAACAAGACCUGGCUCGCUUCCCCAUCGAGGUCGCACGCCUCCAGAUCAGCAUUCCCGCACUGGUUAUGUGUAGCGUCUGCCUACUAGGCUACACCUGGACCUUGCAGAGUGGGAAGCACAUAGCGGUCACGCUGAUGUUCCUCUUCUUCGAGUGCUUUGGAAGUGCGAGCUCGUUUUCUGGCUUCAGUAACUUGGUUAUGGACCUGAACCGUGAAAAGCCGGGGACAGCAUCCGCGGCAAUGAACCUGGCCCGGUGCUGGAUGGGCGCCGGCGGAACUGCCUUUGCGACCCCAUUAGUCAGGUCGGGUGGCAUUGGAUGGUUGGGGGUGACGAUCGCAGGCAUUUGGAUCAUGUUCAGUCCAGUUGUCUUCUCCGCGAUUAAGUUUGGCCCACAAUGGAGAGAAGAAGAACGAAUACGGAAAGCAGACGACAAUAACUCGCAUCAGGAGACCCCGCCGUGA